AGUCAAGUUCUUAGGAGCCACUACAAUUUCCGUCCUUCCAAUCAUCCCGUGUUCUGGUCAACUUUUCUCUUUUCUCCCUUCUCCCCCAUUUGUUCAUUCUCCGACACCGCACAGCGACCAAAUCCACCAUUCAUUCUUUUUUCCCUUUUUGCAACAGCGCAAUGGCACGAAGAUCCCUCCCUCUCCUAAAGCACCUCCUCCUCUCGCGGCGGAUCCCGGCCCGAUCCGUGACGUACAUGCACCGGCCGGGCGACGGGUCUCCUCGGCCUGUGACGCUGAUCCCUGGCGACGGGAUCGGGCCGAUGGUGACGGGCGCGGUGGAGCAGGUCAUGGAGGCCAUGCAUGCGCCCGUCUACUUUGAGAAGUUCGAGGUCCACGGCCACAUGAAGGCCGUGCCGCCGGAGGUCCUCGAUUCGAUUCGGAAGAACAAGGUCUGUCUCAAGGGUGGACUCGUCACCCCCAUGGGCGGUGGCGUCAGUUCCCUCAAUGUUCAGCUUCGGAAGGAGCUUGAUCUCUAUGCUUCUCUUGUUAAUUGUUUCAACCUCCCUGGCCUUCCCACGCGCCAUGAUAAUGUUGAUAUUGUUGUCAUCAGGGAGAACACCGAAGGCGAGUACUCCGGCCUCGAACACGAGGUCGUUCCCGGCGUUGUUGAAAGCCUUAAGGUAAUAACAAAGUUUUGUUCAGAGCGAAUUGCUAAAUAUGCAUUCGAGUAUGCUUACCUGAAUAACAGAAAGAAGGUGACUGCCGUGCACAAAGCAAAUAUUAUGAAGCUUGCUGAUGGUUUAUUCUUGGAAUCUUGUCGAGAGGUUGCUACAAAGUACCCUGGAAUCAAGUAUAACGAAAUUAUUGUGGAUAACUGCUGUAUGCAGCUUGUUUCAAAGCCUGAACAGUUUGAUGUCAUGGUGACCCCAAAUCUUUAUGGAAAUCUAGUUGCAAACACUGCAGCAGGCAUUGCUGGAGGCACUGGAGUCAUGCCAGGAGGUAAUGUUGGGGCUGAGCACGCUGUGUUUGAGCAAGGUGCAUCAGCGGGAAAUGUCGGUAGUGAUAAAAUAAGGGAACAAAAGAAAGCCAAUCCAGUGGCGCUUCUUCUCUCGUCAGCUAUGAUGCUUAGGCAUCUCCAGUUUCCUGCAUUUGCUGACCGUUUGGAAACUGCUGUGGAAAAAGUCAUCCUGGAGGGCAAAUGCCGAACAAAGGAUCUUGGAGGGACAAGCACCACCCAAGAGGUUGUGGAUGCAGUGAUAGAUGCUUUAGAUUGAGUAAUUUUUGUUGCUGAUUUCCCAAACGAAGUCAGUCUCGUUCCUUUCUAACCAAUUUUGCCAACAUUGUUUUGCACCCAUCAAAUGCAAAAUAGUAAUUUUUCGUCCUGAAUAAAGUUUAUGGAACACAGAAAGUGAUAAUUGUUUCCCUCCUAUUUAAAGCUGCGAUUUGGCGUUAUUACAACCCAGCAAUUCUUUUAUAGUUCUGAUUAGAAAGUGCAUAAAUUGUUUGAUAGUACCUUCAAAUAUAUUCCCAUGUUAGAAAUGGUUAACCAAAUA